CAGCCUUCUUUUCGCUGUAUUUCCGGAGCUGUUUGUGAUCUAAAUUCUUUCUUAAAAGGAAGUUAAAUCUGUGUUUUAUGUGAUUCGGAGCAGGGCUUGCUUUAAACGUGCAACACCCCCCGGUUUGUGCGGAUGAAUUCUGCUCUCGUGCUUCGUGUUUAGCCAAUUAGCCUGCUAGCUAAUGCUAGCUCGGCCAGCUAAUCUCCUCACUUUAGAUAAUCCCAAUCUGAACUACAACCACCUUUAUCCUGUAGAUGUUUCCAGGACCAGAUCUCAGUAUCGAUCGGAUGAAUGAUCGACUAACGAACCUGUGAGUUCUGUAAUCGACUUCUUCAUUUAGUUUGAUCUGGGAAGAGGCAGAAGAUGGAAAUUAACCUCAACCGAGUGGAUUAUAUCCAGGUUGGUGUAACAUCCCAGAAAACCAUGAGGCUGCUGCCAGCUCUGGGAAAAAAGGCAACUCAGAAGGUCGCCAUUGCCGAUCAUGAUGGUAUCCUCACAUGUUUUGGGAUGAAGAAGGGAGAAGCUGUGCCGGUGUUCAAAACCCUCCCCGGACAGAAGAUAACUAGAAUUGAUCUUGGGGGCGCCGUGGGAACGCCCCAGGAGAAAAUCUUUGUCUGUUCUGGUUCUCAAGUGCGAGGAUUCACCAAGAAGGGCAAACAGUUCCUGACCUUUGAUGCCAACCUCACUGAGAGCAUAAACGCCAUGCACGUCUCCGGUGCUGACCUGUUUGUGUGCGCCAGCUACAUCUACAACCACUACUUUGACUGCAAGGAUCAGGACUACUUCCUGUCUGGAGACAAAAUCAACGACAUCAUGUGUCUGUCGUCAGAGAAACUGAGCCGUGUGGUGCCGGUGCUGGCGUGCCAAGACCGAGUUCUCAGAGUGCUGAAGGGGUCUGAGCUCGCUUACGAAGUAGAAGUCCCUGGACCGCCGUCUGUCUUGGAGCGGUACAAUAAAGAAGGAGGAGAGGAGGUUCUGUACGGGACCAUCGAUGGAAAAAUCGGGCUGGUUCAGGUCGGCGAGCGCUCAGCUGUGACCAGAUGGGAGAUCGACAAUGACAAGAAGAAAGGAGGAAUUCUCUGCAUGGAUACAUACGACAUUAUUGGAGAUGGAGUGAACGACAUCCUGGUGGGCCGCGACGAUGGCACGGUGGAGGUCUUUGGUUUUGACAGCUCCGGUGAGCCCACAGUGCGUUUUGAGCAUGUCUUGUCGGAGAGCGUGACGUCCGUCCAGGGUGGCUGUGUGGGAAAGGAGGCUUACGAUGAAGUCUUGACUUCCACCUACACAGGAUGGGUGACCGGACUGACCACCGAGCCGCAGAAGGCCGAGCUCGGCCACGGAGACGAGGUCAAGAUGAGCAAGGAGACCCAGUCUAAAGUGGAGGCGCUGCGGGCGGAGCUGGAGCAGCUGCAGGUCAAAGUGCUGCAGGGCCGGGAGCAGUACCAGCAGACGUCCCAGUCCAGCACCGCCGUGUCCGCCGUGCCCGUCUUCAGCGUCAACGACAAGUUCACGCUGUGCCAGGACGACGCCAGCUACAGCCUCACCCUGGAGGUGCAGACGGCCAUCGACAACCUGCUGCUCCAGAGCGACGUCCCCAUCGACCUGCUGGACGGAGACAAGAACUCGGCCGUGGUCAGCUUCAGCGAGUGUGACUCGGAGCAGCCCAAUGGGAACUUCCUCCUGGCCACAUACAGAUGUCAGGCCAACACCACCAGACUGGAGCUGAAGGUGAGGUCCAUCGAGGGGCAGUACGGCACCCUGCAGGCGUACAUCACCCCCAGGCUGCAGCCUAAGACCUGCCAGGUGCGGCAGUACCAGGUCAAGCCUCUGUCGCUGCACCAGCGGACUCACAGCAUCGACCCGGACCGGCCCAUGAACAGGCUCAGUCUGGUGGGGCAGUUCAGCUUCGCAGAGAUUCACUCCUGGGUGGUUUUCUGUCUGCCGGAGGUGCCCGAAAAGACUCCUGCAGGAGACAGCAUCACUUUCUAUUUCCACAACACCUUCCUGGGCACACAGCUGGAAGCCACCUACUGCAAGGGAGAGGGCCACUUCAGGUCAGACAACAUCUCCACCAUCUCCAUCCUGAGCGACGUUCUCUCUAAAGAAGCCACCAAGAAGAAGAUCAACCUGAACAUCUCGUACGAUAUCAGCGAUGACUCCGUGAGCCACACGCUCAGAAUGAUCCACCCAAAGCUGGAGUGCCAGUUGUUGCUGGCCAGGAAAGUCCAGCUGAUCGAUGCUCUGAAGGAGCUUCAGGUCCACGAGGGGAACGCUGACUUCCUGAUCCCGGAGUACCGCAGCAUCCUGGACGAGUCGGCCAGCCUCCUGGAGGAGUACAAGAAGCAGCCGGCUCACCUGGAGCGGCUUUACGGAAUGAUCACAGACCUCUUCAUCGACAAGUUCAAGUUCAAAGGCCAGAAUGUCAAAACGAAGGUGUCCUCGUUGUUGGAAAUACUUGAUAAUUAUGACUUAAACUCCUUGUUGGAGUUUUUCAGCCAAGCGUAAAGUUGAAUGUUUCACCUCGUGUUGAUCCGUGUCAGUAAAGCAGCUUCGUUUGUCACAUGAUCAUGUAGAUACUGUUUGUACAAAGUAUUUAAGAAUGAAUUUUUAUUAGCUAUUAAAAACAGUGAUGAUGGUACCUUUCAGGAACGCCUGGAUGCUUGUUUUAGUCAUAGUUUUGAUAAAUAAAACAAUAAAUCAUUGAUCAAAUAAGAGUGCACAGUGAACAGUUUUAUUUUCAUAGGACUGUGAGUAUCAUCAACUGUUUAGACUUUAUUCAGAGGACAAAAAAUAAACUGGAGAGAAAAGAAGCUUGCAGGAUAAAAAGAUCAUCUUACACACACACACACUCAUUUGAGGCUCUUUGCGUUAAGUGAUUAUAAACUUAUGUAAUGCUCCUUAAUUAUUCUCUCUCCAAUAUUUCCACCCUGAACAUGAAUAAUGAAUAUAAGUAUUCAUGUCAAAUAAAUUGUUUUUAUUUUUCCCUUCAAUAAAA